ACUAUCACUACCUACCUACCUACCUCUAUUCAGGAGAUCAUCUUCCCGAAGUAAAAGCCGAGUACUGAACGAGCGUGGGCACAGACAGCAUCAUGCGCUUGGUAGCCAUAAAAAUUUUAGUAGCAGUAACCUGCUUCAGUCUGGCUAGAUCUCAGAAACCUGAGAUCUCAGCUGAGGCUCUCGAAAUUCCACCGCCACCACCGAUAAAACUCGACAAAAACUUACGGCAAGCGUUGCUGAGAGCGCUUACGGAACUAGAGGCCGAAUCCGCGGAGCAGCGAAAGGAUGAAGACGAAAAAGCGCUCAUCAUGACUGUCGAGAAAUCUUUCGAAGAAGUGGUCAAGAAGAAUCUGAAUAAGAACAUCGGCGUGAUACCGAAAGCUACAUUCUCGUUCGACGGUUUUCCUGGGGAUGAGGAAAUUCCCAAUGAGGAAAAACUGCAAAAUUCGAGCUUUCUCGAGUCAAAGAGGUACGUUUCCUCGAGUCCGUCGGCGAUGAUAGAAAAAGCGAGUCACGACGACGCCAGAAGCUACCACGUGCAGAACGUGGUUCUGCCAGAUAAAACUACAACGCCGCGAAUUGAAUCUAAAGCGGAAGCGAAGACUCCGAAGACUCCCGCGGGCUCGGCUACGGUCAGCAAGAUUGAGAGUAUCACGCUGAAACCGAUCACGCAAUUAUCGGAGAGCUUGACGCAAAGCGCCAGUAAUGGGAUUGCCGGUGCCGGGAAUAACGGACUGGUAGUACCGAAACCGACUGCAUCUAGUCCGACAGUUCCGCCGAGAAAUAAUGUCACUUCGUCUUCUAGCGCUAAUAAAGACAGGACUCCGGCGGAGGAAGUGAAAAUUUUCCAGGCGCCUCUGGUGGCGGCCUUCACGGUGCAACAGGACGAGCUUGGUAUACCAAAGAGCAUCGUGCCGAUUUACAGGCAAUUAGGCGAUGGGCAGGCUCUCACUCUUCAGGAGCAAUUAGAGUUCAAGCAGAAAUUAUUGGAGCAACAACUGGCGGAGUUGCAGCAGCAGCAGAUCCAGCAGACGCAGUUUCUCGUCAGGCAACGUCAAAUCUACGAUCAGCAGUUGAGACAGAAGCAGCAGCAACUGUAUCUUCAAGAGCAGGCUAGAAUCAAGCAUUUGGAGGAACAGGCUAAGAUCAAACAAUUGGAGGAGCAGCGUUUGAAGCAGCUGGAGGAGCAGAGGAUCUAUCGUUUGCGUCAACACAAUCACUUUCCACUGUCGCAAAAGCCGCACAUCUUCGAACAGUCAAACGUGUUGCCGCUUCAGCCGCCUUUGGAGCCUACCGUUCAUCUCCAACCAAGCGUGUCCCUGGAGGUACCCAGCGUCGCGGCGCCUCCAUUAUUUCGCACGAACUAUCAGGAGCAGUUGCACUUCCAGCAGUUCCGUCAGCCAUCCCAACCACAGCCCCAACUUCAGCCCCAGCUUCAGCCUGCACAGCAUCAGCAGCGAUUGCAACAGAAUUUCGUUUCGUUUCCUACCGACUUCCAGCCGCCUGUGGCACCGGCCACCAGAUUUAACAGACAGGAGGCCUUCAACGCAAUUGGCAAUUUCGGUUUGAACGUGGACAACAAGCAAGCGCCUCCGUCGAGGAACGCGUUCAAUUUCAACGCGCUACCAAGGAACCCUAACACGUUCGUUUACAAUCCCUACCUACAGUUCAGGCAGAUCCCAACAAGGGCGCAAACACCGGCCAAGCAGAUCCAGCAUUUGCUUUAUCAAUCGGGAGUCGCCGGUGAAUUGGGCAACGUACAGGGCCCAGGUGGCGAGGACCUCAACAUCGUGUCCAAGGUACUGGCGUUGAACGUUGGCGCGUUACCCAACAAGAACUAUCAAUACACCACGAAUAAUCGCGGUAAAUUGGGCAGCGCGUGAAUACAUAGAGACAGAAUAGAGACGUAUCGAUGUAAAACUUCGACGAGUCGUGUAAAUCACUACAAGACGAUAUUAGCAAGGUGAAAUCGAGCUCUCUCUUUUUCUCUGUGUCCCUCUCUUCUUCCUCUCGUGCUUUUCUCUAUCGUUCAUCAUCCGCCUUCUUUCUGUGUCUUGACCUAUUCUUAUAUAAAUAAUCUUUAAUUUCUCGAACCCCUUUGAUAUUGAAACACACACGCACACCGAUGACAAAGUCCGCGGAUUUUACACAUACACAUGUAUGUACAUAUAUAUAAAGAAUGGUUAUUCAUAGCUCGCGCGAGAGGACGCAGGAUGACUUGGUAAAUUCAAUAGUACACGAGUCAUGACGAUAGUAACCUUGAAUACCACAGCAUCCAAGUGAAAUCGAAUCGUUUUGCCCUCGGUGAGUUACCUCCGCGAAAUUUUACUCUCCGUCAUAUCUCUCGACGACCGAUAGAAGCGUGAGACAAACAAAGAAUAGGCGCCUCCGGGGAGAGGAAAAGAAUCGGCAUAACGAGGAAGCUAUGUUCUCUUUGCGAGCGGUAUAAUGGUAUUAAUUACGAUUGUAUGUAUUAACAAGGGCCUGCCCGUGUGUAACGGCCUUCCCGUUGCGCGAUUACGCAAGUUCGCAGUUUUUUAGUUCGCGACGGCGCAAACACUGUAUAUAAUAUAAUUGUGUGACUCCAGCUUCGCUUCCUCGUCCCUUUUGAUUUUCUCUUCCAUUCUUAAUACGGGGCGCGCCCGCGACGUGAGCACUGCCGGGGCUUCGUCGAUAAUAGCAAGAGCACGUUUCAACGGCGGAGAACGCAACGAAGAAGCACGUAAUCAUAAAACGUAACCGUAUAUAGCAAUAAGCAUAUUUAUGUUAACAGGAGGAGGAUUAAUCCAUGCGCUUGACAUGACAUGAAAGAAGGCGAAAAUCUCGCCGGACUCGCAUUAGCUAUUACGUUUCACUUGGAUUUGACCAUGAUUACGCUCGAGAAAAAAAAUAUCUCGCGAUUUAUCCUCGGCAAGUAUACGGCUCGCAAAUUUGCCAUUCUCAAAAAUUCGUCAAGUUAAAUAAUUGUCAUUUAAAUAAUUAUUCUACCAAUGCGUGCGUCUAAUAGAUUAUUUGUACUCUAUAUAAGAAAAAGAAAAAAUAAAAUUUAUCCAGUUGCUUCUUCAGUUAAAAAGUUUUCCAUUGAAAAAAAAAAGGCCAAAUCCAAGUUCAUUAAAGAUCAAAACUCUAUCGAUUAGCAUUUUACAACAUAGCCUAUAUGUGUAAAAUUGUUCGAGUUAGUUCUAACAAGACGUACACAUGCACACGUAACAAACGCGCACACACGGAGAGGCUCGCUUCGGGAUCAGGGGUCUCGCGAAGUCGUGCAUCGAGCCGCGCGCGCAUCGGGGGAUUGAAAAUCCUUCUUCGACUGUAAAUAAACUUUCCCCGGCGGGUACCACACAAUGCCGACGAGGAAGCCGCCGACGCGAGAGACACAUCUCUCGCGUGUAUAUACGUGUAUGUCCUCAAUUUCACAAACGUUUGGCACAGAUCCGUGAUUUCACCCGGCGGGCGAAUCGGCGAAUCUCGUGGGACAUCGGCGUCUCUCUUGUCUUACCAAAAAAAAAAUUCUGUUAAACUUAUAGAUAAUAAUUUAUCAAGUAUCACUGUUCGGUAUCAUUGUAAUCAACAAACCGAUAACACUAUCGUAAUUUAUGUCGUUAUCAACCGCAUGAAUUAUAUGCGUUUCAUGCACGUUUACUCGUGUCAGAAAGAAUACAUACGCAAACAAACAUACACACACACAUUUUGCCAUUCUCUUUUCUCAUAAAUUCUCUCUACAAUAAUCAGAUAACAUCACGAAACAUUUCCGCGCGCAACGUCUCUGUUGUCUUACUAAAAAAAAGUUCUGUUAAACUUAUUGACAAUUUGUCAAGUAUCAUUAUUUAAUAUCAUUGUAAUCAGCAAACAAAAACGCUAUUAUAGUUUGUCUCGUUAUCUCCCGCGUGAAUUAUUAUAUGCGGCCUGUGCAUAUAAUUUACUCGUGUUGAAAAGAAUACACACACAUUUUACCUCAUUCUCUUUCUCAUAUAUAAAUUCUCUCUAUUAAUCUAACAUCACGGAUCAUUUCCGUAGUGCUAUUUAUUUAUUUGAUUCGACGUUCGAAACGCUACAGGAGACGCUUCACGAAUUUCCGGAGUUGCGCUUAUGAGCAACGAUAAAUAUUCGCCUUGAUUAAAGAUUUAAAGCUUUGUCUCGAAACUGAAAUCGAUGUUGGAUGCGAUGCACCUUCGGCGAGAGUGACUGCGUGAGCGAAAGUUGGUGGCGAUUCGUUCAUAAAUGCGAGUCCUUUACAAGCGCUAGCUGAGGCUUGCGCGACUGAACGUAACAUUAAAAUAAAAUAAAAUAACAUUAAAAUAAAAUAUAGAUAGAUAGUGUUAGACGUAAUCUCGAUAUAAUUAAUUUGCUUAUAAUUUAUCUGAUGCUGAUGGAUUGUACGUAUUCUUGUGUAUAAAUGUUAAUAAACUAAUUUGUUUUACAAAG